GCCCUCCGCCGUCCCAGCAUGCACCGCGAGAUCUGCAGUACAGUUCUUCACAAAGAAAAAAAAGAAAGGGCUUGAGGAUCAACAACAGCAGGGUGGGAGCAGAAGCACGGACCUCGCUUACAGCGCUAACAUUAACGAAACCGCGUCCUGACAACAAGUAUCAUGUCAUGGCCCUGAGGAGCUGAGAGUGGGAAGUGCUGUUUACACCUGACGGGAGCUUACAAAGCUUGAGAGUUGCCAGAGAAGAGUUGGCGGGGCCCAGGCAGAGGGCAGAGCUCAGUGGGAGCCAAUGCAGCAGCAGCAGCAUCGACCGCCUGGGCUGGUGGAAGGAAGACUUCCCGUGUUCGUGUUCCCCACUGAACUCGUCUUCUAUGCGGACGAGCAGUCGUCUCACAAACAGGUGCUCACCCUCUACAAUCCCUAUGAGUUCGCCCUCAAGUUUAAAGUGCUGUGCACGGCACCAAACAAGUACACUGUGGUGGAUGCGACUGGAGCUGUCAGGCCUCAGUGUUGCGUUGAUAUAGUAAUCCGACACCGGGAUGUGCGCGCGUGCCACUACGGGGUCUACGAUAAGUUCCGACUGCAGGUGUCGGAACAGAGUCAGCGGAAAGCUCUGGGUCGCAAAGAGGUGACGGCUACUCUCCGUCCCUCAGCCUCACAGGAGCCGCCCAGCCCCCGGCCCCAAGAUGAGGAACGCCGAAUCACAGAGCAGUUUGGAGACGGCGAGUUUUUUGAACAGACUGCAUUUCAGACAGCAGAGAGCCGUCCUGUUGCUGGAGGACCCAGUUUGUUGACAGUGCUGCUUGGGCUGAUGUGCAUGGCCGCCCUGAUGCUCCCGACGCUGGGGGAGCAAGAAUCUACUGUGCCUGUCUACCUCCACUUAAGUAUUAACAAGAAACUUGUAGCUGCUUAUGUUCUCGGGCUUCUUACAAUGGUCAUACUACGCACAUGAAGUGCCGUGAGCUGAGGAGAGGGAAGAAAAAAAAACAUGAAGAGAGCAUUCUCCCACCAGAGGCACUACUAUGAGUAAAAAAAAGUAGAGCUGGGAGCAGGGGUACUUAUUCAAUUACCUCAUCCUCUGAAAAAUACAUUUUAGCAUACUUGUUUUCAAAUUCACACAUUUGUGUUUAUACAUACACGGACCUGAUCUGAUGCAAAUGGGAAGACCUGCAGUGUGCAGGUCAGAGUGUGAGUGGGGCUGUCCCUGAGACGCAGCGGUGCAGGGGCCGUGAAGAAACAUGAGGCCGUUUACUGUCUUUUGGCCUCGCGUACUGUCUGUAAUUCUGUUGCCAUUAUGUGAAAGAAUGUGGUCAUUUCAGUGUGAAGGAAUCAACAUGCAAAUGUGAUACUUGUAUAUAAAGCUAUUAAAAGUUUUGUUAUGGUAUUUACCUGUUACCAUUAUUAUAUUGAUAUUUUUAAAGCAUUUUAGAGUAGACUGAGGACUAAAUGCCAUUAUUUGCAUGUGUGGAUACUUUGUCUGAAUGGGCUUUAAGUUUUUCAGCAGUAAGAUACUUCUACAUGUCACCAAAGGAGAGAUCGUCUUUUUAAAGAAGAAUGGUUCGCUUGCCGUACUUUAUCAGAUGUUUAAUAAAGUCUCAAUACAGCUGUAGAGUGUGUCAUGUUCAAA